GAAUGGCAAGAUUGCAAUCCAUCUUCCUUGUACAAUACGAGGAGAUGAGAUGAGAAUAACGGCCUCCAUCCAACACAAACAUUAAAUUAUAUUCCUCAAUCAAAACAAAUUUAACACCGAUUCCGUUGAAUAUUCUGGGCACCAAAUUAACCUCCGAUCCAUUCAUCUUCUAUCUAUCUUUUUCUUUCUUUCUCGUAUGGCACCCUCCCAUUGCUGGCGGUGAUUGAUAAAAAGCUAUAAUGGAGGGAGCAGCAACGACGGGGGAGCCAAGCAGGCUGAGCACCGAGAGCGUAUCGUCGCGUCCGCCGUCUCCACCGCCGUUAUCCCUCGUGGAGCCCUCCGUCAACAAGAAGAAAGGGAACAAGCCGGAGAAGGUGUUCCGCGUCGUGAGAUCCGUUUUCCGGUCGUUUCCGAUCAUUACCCAUCCCGUUUGCAAGUUCCCGGCGCUGCCUAACGGCAGCCGGUUCCAGGAGUCGGGCGCGCGCGUGACGGGGACGCUGUUCGGGUACCGGAAGGGGCGCGUGAGCCUGUCGGUGCAGGAGAAUCCGGGCACGCUGCCGACGCUGGUGGUGGAGCUGGCGAUGCAGACGCAGGCGCUGCAGAAGGAGAUGAGCCAAGGGAUGGUGAGGAUCGCGCUGGAGUGCGAGAAACGGACGGACAAGAUGAAGCUCCUGGACGAGCCGGUCUGGUCCAUGUUCUGCAACGGAAAAAAAAUCGGGUACAGCAAGAAGCGCGACGCCACGGACGAGGAUCUCAGCGUCAUGGAAUCGCUCAAGGUGGUGUCGAUGGGGGCCGGAGUUUUGCCGUCCACUAAACCCGACGUCGAGGGCCCCGACGCCGAGAUCGCAUACGUGCGGGCGUGUUUCGACCGGACGGUGGGAUCUAAGGACUCGGAAACGCUGUACAUGAUGAGCCCCGACGGCGACAGCGGACCAGAAUUGAGUAUUUUCUUUGUGAGGUUAUGAUCCCACAUGCAUGCAUGCACGCACAUGGAGGAUAAUAAUCUUAAUUUAAUCAAUUAGGCCAACCCUGCUUAUUGUGAUUAGCUAAUUUAAGCUAGUUUGAUGAUUAGAUUAGAUGGGUUGUGGAAUCAACCGGAUGUAUUCUCGCCUCAACAUAUAAGAAUAUACAGUAAUGUAGAAGGAAGACAAGAGAUACUCAUAACCAUCAAACUUUUAUUAAUCAUCCUUCAUUUUAAAAUAUACCCAGAUUUCUUGUAGAGUA